CAGCCUGAGCGGAGGAGGGAGAGGAGCCGCCACUGCCAUAGAUACUAAAGGAGCUCUUAUAGUAUAUUUGGCCACCGCUGCAGCCGGUUGUGUCCGGUCCGGGAUGGCCAAGAAUCUGCGGGCAGUGCUGCUGUUCGGCGGCUUUGCGGCCGCUGUCGGAGCUGCGUUUUAUCCCAUCUAUUUCCGACCGCUGAUGUACACUCAGGAUUACCAGCAGGAGCAAAAGGUGAAUCGAACUGGAAUAAAUCAGGACGAAAUUCAACCUGGAGGAAUGAAAGUCUGGUCUGACCCCUUCAAUCGGAAAUAAUCAAACUGUUGAUGUUAUCAUGAAGAAUGCUUCAGCGACCAUUUGUGCCUUGCCAUUCAAAUUCUAUGAGGAAAUAAUUGUCUAAUCAUUGUAAUGCUAAUCAAUGAAUUAGGUAAUGGCAGGAUUUGUAUAUAAAUGGAUAUUUCUAUUUAAAUUCGCAAUAUUGACUGAUGCUAGCUCAACACCACUGAAAUAAAUUAUCUGGUCUUUAUUAUGGGUAUCACAGAAAAUUUAUUGUGCAUAUCUUGGCUACUGCGUUCUCUACAUCACAUUGCAAUUGCUCACACAUUCAUUGGGCGUAAUGCAUUUUGAGGCACCCAGGGGAGUUUAUAUUCUGUACUAUAGGUCCGUGUGCCGUUUGCAUGUUUUCCCUGUGAUUGCGUGGGUUUCCUCUGGGUCCUCUGAUUUCCUCCCACAUCCCAAUGAUGUAUGGGUUUGUAGGUAAUUGGACUCUUGAUGUGUAUGGAGUGGAUGAGAAAGUUGGAUAACGUAGAACUAGUAUGAACACCUGAUCGAUGAUUGGUGUGGACUCUAAAGGCACAAGGGCCUGUUUUCAUGCUGUCUCUAAAACCCAAACUCUUCAUUUGGUGUACUAUACCUUUGUCUGAUGUAUGCUUUACAUACCUUUGUAUGCUGUGGAAACGUUUUAUUAAAUAAAGCAGUUACUCAUCUGAC